CCCCUUCAUGUGGUCCAACCUGGGCAUCGGCCUGGCCAUCUCGCUGUCCGUGGUGGGCGCAACCUGGGGGAUCUACAUCACUGGCUCCAGCAUCAUCAGCGGGGGAUUGAAGGCCCCCAGGAUUAAAACAAAGAACCUGGUCAGCAUCAUCUUCUGUGAGGCCGUGGCCAUCUACGGGAUCAUCAUGGUGAUCGUCAUCAGCAACAUGGCUGAGCCUUUCAGCGGCACCACCCCAGAGACCAUCGGCGCCAAGAACUACCACGCAGGUUUCUCCAUGUUUGGGGCUGGUCUGACCAUGGGCCUCUCCAACCUGUUCUGCGGGGUGUGCGUGGGCAUUGUGGGCAGUGGGGCUAUGCUGGCCGACGCCCAGAACGCCAGCCUCUUUGUCAAGGUCCUGAUCGUGGAGGAGAGGGGGUUGCUGCCUGAGUGUUCCCGGUGUGUGUACAAAUCAAUUGACCAGUGUUCUUAUAUCACGCUCAUCACCAAAGUAUCUGAGCACCUCCAGUUGCAGAUUAAGUAA